AUGGCGGGGAAUAGAAAGGAUAUUGCUGCCUUAAUUGUUGGCUUUUUGAAUGACACGAUCAAAACGAAAGAGGUAUCUGAAGACUACGUUGACUCCUUGAACGUGGCAAUUGACUGCAUCGCUGAGGCGUUUGAAUUCGAUAAGGAAACUGUUGGAGCUAUCAUCAAGAAGUCAUUUGACGGCAGAAACCUCGAACAGCUUCUAAGUGGAUCAACUGAUGGAGCAGAGGAUUUGCAAAAGGAAGCUGUUACCGUGAACAUUCCGGUCGAGGACGCCGAAACCAAAGCCAAGGCAGAAGAACUAAAAGCUUUGGGUAAUAAGGCUAUGGCUGCCAAAGAUUUCGAGCUUGCAAUCACCAAAUAUACCGAGGCUAUCGAAGCGCUGCCUACUAAUGCUGUUUACUAUGCUAACAGAGCUGCCGCUUACUCAUCUUUGAAGCGCUAUGAAGAAGCUGUCAAAGAUGCAGAAUCUGCAAUUGAAGUCAACCCAUCUUAUUCUAAGGGUUACUCUAGAUUGGGCUUUGCGAUGUAUGCAUUAGGUAAACCUGAAGAGGCUUUAGGCGCCUACAAGAAAGUCUUGGAUAUUGAGGGCGAGAAAGCCACCGAUGCGAUGAAGAGGGACUACGAAACCGCAAAAAAGAAGGUUGAACAAUCAUUAGACUUAGAAAAGAGCUCUCCUGCUCAAAGCCAGGCCGAAAACAAUUCUGGCGGCUUCCCCGACAUGUCAUCUCUGCUAGGUGGUGGCUUGGGGGGCUUGCUCAAUAACCCUCAAGUAAUGCAGGCUGCCCAACAAAUGAUGCAAAAUCCAAAUGCCUUUAAAGAUCUUAUGAGUAAUCCGGCUGUCAAGCAAAUGGCGGAUAAAUUUUCAUCUGGUGGAGGUGCCCCAAACAUGUCUGAUUUGAUGAAUGAUCCUGCUUUGAGAGACAUGGCGAAGAAUAUGUUUGGUCCUAAAUAG